AGUCCAAUUGUUAUACAAAUAUUAUUUUAUUAGCUACCUUGUUAUAGCAGUCCUGCAAAUGUUGUGUCUAGAAUAUUGUGAGGUGUUUUCUCAGUACACUCUGCAACAAUAGUGAAACAAUCCAAUUUUCCGAACGGCAAUUUUAACGGAACACUGACAUCAUGGAGGUAAUGGAAGAGGGCAAUCUCAUGGACAGAGUGCGCAUUCUGCUCCAAAGGGACAUGGCUUACUACCAGGCGAACCAGGCAGUCCUUCAUGAAACUUUGUGCCCGGGAGUCGUUGGAGGCUUGUUGGACUUCCCUCACUAUGCAUCGUUCGCUGCCUACAAGCUGGUGCUGUGGUGGGAGGAGGAGUACCAGGCUGCCUUCCGUAAGCCGUCUGGCCUCCUAGAGCAGGACUCCAACGGGCAGGAGGUGGCCGCCUCCGACCCGUCGCUGGAGCGCGGCUGCGGAGGCGUGGCCAAAACGAGCGCUCCGAAGGAAUUCGUCCAGCUGACGGCCGAGUCUGGAGAACAGAUCCUAGAGCACCUCCACGCCCUGUCCCAGGAGGCGCUUGACCACGCCGACCUCACCGUCUUGGCCGCGACCUUGGGGGCAGCCGCGUUGCUCCGGUCCUGGCUCUGGUGCUACCACCAGCUGCUCGUCAAGGCCCGACAGGAGGGGCUCUCCCUACACGCGAGUCAGAAGCAGUUCCACUCCAUGGCCGAGGCGCUCGCCGAGCGUCUACUCGACUUGCACUGUCGGCUGCUGUCCCUCUACGUGCUGCAGGACGCCGACUCGUUGCACUGGGAGAACACGCGCCCGUUCUUCGAGGGGGAGCGCGGCUCCGUCACGGUCCAGAUGUGGUGGCUGUACAUGCAGGGUAAGCAGGGUCGCAGCCGCAGGCUGGCGGUGCAGGACCGCGGGACUUCCCUCUGGGACUGUAGGACCCCCUCCUUUGCCAUAGGGACGCGCACUGACCUGUGGAACACGGUGCCGCCGCGCACGGCGCAGCGCGUGUUCGCCGGCAUGCUCAACGAGUCGCUCACCAUCCUGGUGGCGAGGUACGCCGCGGCCGAGCCGAGCGCGGCGCGCGCCCCGCUGCUCGUCACGGACCUCAUCAACAUGCUGCUGUGCACGCGCGAGUUGGCCGUGUCCGUGUGCGCGGACGCAGCUGAGCUGGUAGGGCUGACGCAGCGCUCCAAGAUCACCCGGGACGUGCACGCCAAGUGUCACGAGCUGCUGACCACGCUCCUCCUGAGGGGCUGCCCGCUCGACGCGCUGCUUCGCGCCAUGAGGAAGGGGCUGUGCGGCCCGGGCCCGGCCGGUGCGCCCGCGGGGCCCGCACCCUGGGUACAGCUUGUGUCCCCGCAGUACCUCCGCGGCCGGCCGCGCACCUACCUGGACCUGGAGGACGGCGCCGCCAUCUCCCUGGAGUUGGCCGUCCUGCUGGCGCAGCCCCAGCCGUCGUGGCCGCUGCUGUUGCGGGUGCUCAUGAUGCGGAACUGUCGCGUCGCGGCGCUGUUGUUGCGGCGCCUGAUCUGCGGGGAGGGCGACGCCGCCGUCCCGGCCACCCCGACGGGCAAGGCGACUGUCGGCGCCGAGACCCAGGGUGGGGCCGAGUGCGGCCGCUUCCUCUGCAGAGGUGACUGCACGCAGAACGCGGUCGAUGGCGUGUCGGCCGCGCAGGUGGAGAAGGCACUGGUGCACGUCAUCGCUUGCGUUGGCGGCACCAAGGCGUUGUCCGCCUCUUUGCUGCCCGCCCUCGAGUCGCUGGCCACAAGCGCGGCCGAGACCGCCGCGGCCUCUGCCACGGCGUACAUCGGCCCGGUCGUAGAGUGGGGUGGCGCCUUCGACCGGCGGCAGGUGUGGAACCUGCAGCGGCCGCCGUGGAUGGACGCGCUCAUCACGCCGCUGCAGCCCCUGCUCCAGGCCACCGUCACCACCAUCAUGGCCUCGGCGCAGGCGGGCGCGUCCACACGCGACCUGCUCCCGCUGGCGCUGACCUGCCUGGCGCAGCUCGCGCCGUGCCUGCCACCCUGGCUGAGCUCCACGGCCUCUGCGGUCGGGGACCUGCUGCCCGCCGACGUGCACCCCGUGGGCGGCUCCCCGCUGCUGCAGGUCGCCCUGGCCGGUCUGUACGAGGCGCUGACGCGCGCCGCCUCCACUGCCGACCACACCCACGGUCACGCAUUGGGUGUGCACGCGGCCGCGGCCGCAGGCCAACUGGCAGAGGCCCUUUGUCGCGUGGACGAGGACGAAUCGCUACGACCCGGCAUACAGGAGUUCCUUCACGCCGCCCAGGAAUAUACGGGGACUGAUACAUGGGAUUGGCGAGCAGUCGAGGAGUCCCUGCCAACAGCUGAAUUACUUGUGUCCAAGAUACUUCUUACGAACGAUGGCCGUCAGGCUCUCAAAGUCAUGUAUCAAUACAUGCAACAGAAUGCUACGUGGACUUUGGCAGCAAUUGGUCGUGCAGGAGAUUACAUAGUGAUUCCCCCCCGGCCCUUACUUCACACUAUGUUUCACAUAGGUAACCGCCAAUUUGAUCAGUUUUUGGCGGGGACCUGGUCCCCAGACUGGUCCACUUUACUUCAAGCCCCGCUUGGUCUCACUAGAGAGAAGGUGUGGAAGCAGCUUCAAAAAAGAUCAGAGUUCUCUGAUUACAAGUCAGAUCCAAAGCAGCUUAGUCAGCAUGAUGCUAUUGUGGUUGAGAAAAUGACAGAAAUGUUUAUGCAUGAAGAACUCAACUCUAUCUCCACUACUGUAAUGAACCAAAAUUCUCCCUCAAAAGAUGUCAUACAGAAGAGUAAAAGAUUAUCAGCCCAACAAGUUAUAAUGGAAAACACAUUGGUUUCUGAUGUGCCCCAAGCAGAGCCUGGUUCUAAAACCAAACCCAAAAUACACGAAGAGAAAGAGUCUCAUCAGUCUAACAAGAGUAAAGGUGAACCAAACCAAGCUGAUAAUCCUCUGGAGACCGAUGCAGAAAGAAAUAUUUCAUCACUACCAACACCAACAGAUAAUCAAAGAGGAAAGGGAGAAAAAUCAAAGAAAGACAAAGUGUCUAGUGGCGAUGAAGUAAAGAAAAAUAGUGCAUUAAAUGAAGAGACACCUAGAGUAUCCUCUGAAACUAGCCUAAAAAAUUGUUCCCAAACUUCAAGUGUUUCAAAAGUAGAAACUUCAACAACAGGUUUGAAAAAGUCAAGCAAAGAACAUUCAUCCAAGCCACCAAAAACCAAAGAUAAAGGUCUCAAAGAAUGAUAAAUGUAACCACACACAGGAAAUGGAGUUAACGUAAGACACAUACCGGUAAAUGUAUUGCAUAUUUGCUGAAACAAUGAAUACCUUCAUACAAUAAUGGGUGGUGGAAAAGUACCAAGCAACUGGAAAAGAAUUUGUACUAUAAUUGAAUUUAGAUGUACUUGCUUAUAGUUUAAUUAAUGUGAACAAUAAAGUUAAUAAAUUAAUUUUGAGUGCAAAUAAAAUACUUAUUCUAGAAUUGCAUUUAAAAUGUAUGAAACUGUAAAAUUGAUUACACGCCUCUAUUUGAUGAGUGUUAAUAAAAGUCUUCUUCAUCUA